GUGCAGGAUUGGUUCAUUCCAAAGAGGAAGAAAGAUCCUAAGGGGAGUAACGGGCGGCCGUGGCUGACGAGGGAAGUAAAGGGCAGUAUAAAAAUAAAAGAGAAGAAGUAUAACAUAGUAAAGAUGAGUGGAAAACCGGAGGACUGGGAAGCUUUUAAAGAGCAACAGAAGAUAACAAAAAAGGCAAUACGCCAAGAAAAAAUGAGGUACAAAGGUAAACUAGCCAAGAAUAUAAAGGACAGUAAAAGCUUCUUCAGUUUCCAAGAAGUGGCUUCUCAGUUUCCACGUGCAUGUAGCACAGUUUCUGCCCUGCGCUCUAAGCAAUGCUGCCCGUCCCAUGGUUCAGAUCCGACGGUGCUGUGUGGAGCUGAAUCCAAUCGAGGAGUGUGUGCUGAUGUACAUGUCAUCAACAAACCUUGGAGUGGCCCUUAUCACUUACAAAACGUGGACGAUCGGGAGCGAUGGCCUUUGAAGUUCUUUAAUCGCACCUGCAGAUGCACAGGAAACUAUGCUGGAUACAACUGUGGUGAAUGUAAAUUUGGAUGGACUGGCUUGAACUGUGAUGUGAGAAAACCACCAGUGAUAAGAAAAAAUAUUCUUUCACUAACUCCUGCAGAGCGAGAGCAGUUUUUGGAUGCAUUAGAUCAAGCAAAAAACACAAUCCAUCCAGAUUAUGUCAUCACUACCCAACACUGGCUGAGUAUACUGGGGCCUAAUGGAACUCAACCGCAAAUGGCAAAUGUGACAAUAUACAAUUAUUUUGUGUGGCUUCAUUAUUACUCAACAAGGGAUACAUUGCUGGGACCUGGCCAACCAUUCAAAGCUAUUGAUUUUUCUCAUCGAGGUCCAUCGUUCCUUACAUGGCAUCGAUACCACCUGAUGUUACUGGAGAAAGAUUUACAAAAACUCAUAGGAAAUGAAUCAUUUGCACUUCCAUACUGGAAUUUUGCCACAGGAAGCAAUGACUGUGAUGUGUGUACGGAUUCUUUGUUAGGAUCCCAACAUCCUGAUGAUCCGACAUUAAUAAAUGGGAGCUCCAGGUUCUCAAAAUGGGAGAUAGUAUGUAACAGUUUGGAUGUCUAUAAUCGCCUUGUCAUCCUUUGCAAUGGAACAAAUGAGGGUCCAAUCAAAAGAGGGUUCAUGGAAAAGGACAACAUAAGGCUGCCAACCAUGGAGGAUAUCCAUCAUUGUUUGUCUAUUGAAACAUUUGAUACUCCACCUUAUUUCCAGAAUUCCAGCUUCAGCUUCAGAAACUCACUUGAGGGAUUCGCUGCACCAGAUGGAGAAAUUAAAUCUAAUGGACUUCAAGGUCUUCAUAACCUGGUCCAUUCUUUUCUUAAUGGAACAAGUGCACUCGCACACUCUGCAGCAAAUGAUCCACUUUUUGUGGUGCUACAUGCCUUUACUGAUGCCGUUUUUGACGAAUGGAUGAAACAGAACAAUCCCUCAACCAGUGUGUGGCCAGAGGAGAUGGCACCUAUUGGACACAACAGGCAAUUUAACAUGGUGCCAUUUUACCCACCUGUAACCAAUGAGGAAAUGUUUGUAUCUUCCAGUGAGCUUGGCUAUUCAUAUGACAUUGAAUCAUCAGAAGCUCCAUUUGGCUUGGGUGCCAUCCUUGGUGUGGCCUUCGGUGGGAUCUUUGUGGGUCUUGUCUUAUUGACUGCAGUGUUGCUGAUAAUUCCAUGUCAAAGAAAAAAUCAAGAUUUUGAAUAUUUGCUAAGUUCAAAGUUUUCUAACAGGAUGUACACUGAAUAAACUUAAUUCAUGCUUGAUAUAACUAUUAUUGCUAAUAUUCUGUUAUCCCCCACUGUGCAAUAUAAAAUCACUGUAUUAAAGCAUGACCAAGAACAUUAUUAAACAUUCAGCUGCUGGCAAUACUACUAAUUAAUUACUCACAACUAAGCUGUGCUAUAUAAUCUUUGGAUUCAACAAUUAUGAUCUGCUCAAAAUAAUGAGAAAAAAUUUCAAUAAUGUUCACAUAAAAUUGUCUUAUGUAUAUGACUGUAAUACUAUUUACUGUCUAUUGUACACAUACUUAGGUUAUUGUACAAUCUAUCAAUGAUAAUGCAUUCUUGGAAACUUUCACUUUACUGCUGGGAUUUAGAGGAUGGUUUGUCUUACUGAUCUGUAAAUGGGUUGGAUAUUUCAUUUUUAAAGUGCUUUAAAAUCAAGAAUUUGCUUCAGUAUGAAGGAAGUGUUAACAGGAUCUUUUUCAUUUCUAAUUCAUGGUCUGUAUUUUAAGAUUAAAUACCU